UAGGCUUUCGACAUGAGGAGACUUCGCCGCACUUCGACGUUGGGGGGAUACGAAAGCCGCAGUUUGAUGAUUUUUGGAGGAUUGGACUACAGGAUGGGCAACAGCAAGUCGGUAGUUAUUGGUAUGUAUCCAACUCAUCCACAUGUUGCUAUAAGGGAUGCAAUAAGAUGUAGGAACCGCAGGCAUCGCCCUUUUACCAAUCGGAUGAGGGAUAUUCUCAGGCGGCGUAUGAAUGGGCUAGAACCUUUAUCAUCCGACUCUGAAUCAGAAUCUGAAUCUGAAUCUGAAACAAGUGAAACUGAGGAAAAAUUGUCCGAGGCUAUUAUGACUAGUAGCUCCACGCUUCCUUCAUCAAGCAUGCAAGAAGAAGAUCUCCAAGCAGAUGCUCCUCCUCUCAAGCUAGAAGAUGUGAUUCCGCCUACACAGUCUUCUUCUAGAAACAAGAAGCUUGUCAACAAAACCACCACCUAACUAAGGCUUUGUCUUUUUUAUUUUCUAACUUUGAAUCUCUGGCUUGUAAUGAACUCGUAUCUUUCUUUAUUUAAUUCCUGCUUGUCCCAGUUUGCAACAAGCUCUGUCCUUUACUAAUACAAUCGCCAUUCAAUGUUUAUUACAUUACUUAACUAUAUAAUACAAGCAAACA